UCUCCUCGUAUACACAGCGAUUUGUUGAUAUCGCGAGAAAAGAGGGAUCAAAUCAAUCCGUUGUUAUAAUUAAUUAACUAAUUAUUCUCCUGAGAUUCAUUGUUGUUGACUCGUUAAUCUCUUCAACUCCCUCGGUAAACUUUACCUCUGUCUGUAAACCCUAAUUCGCUCCCUUCAUUCGUCUCCUCCUCUAAUAAGCAUUUUUCUCAGAGCUUAUUGAGUUUCUUUUUGAACAGGUUAAAGAAUGAAUAGCCAGCCUUCAUCCAAUGGAUAUCCUCAUACAAGAGUUGAUAAAGAGACAGGCAUGAAAAAUACAGCUGCAAGUGUGGAUACCCCUUCUCGUGAUCCGUUUGUAUACCUCGCAACUUGUAAGAUCGGACAUCAUGUAGAAGUUCAUCUGAGAAAUGGGUCGGUUUACAGUGGAAUCUUUCAUGCUGCUGACGUGGAGAACAACUUUGGAAUUAUUUUGAAAAUGGCAAGCUUGAUUAGGGAAGGUGGUUUACGAGGGAUGAAACCCCGAGCUCCUCUUGUCAGCAAGCCACCUUCGAAGAUAUUCAUUAUCCCUGCUGACCAAGUUGUGCAAGUUAUAGCUAAGGACCUUCCUGUGUACAGCAAUAACGUCUCAGCUCAAUGCGAGAAACCGUCAGAGCUGUUGACAGACUCUUCUAUCUCACAGUCUUAUCAUGUUGAUUCGGAAAGAGAGCUGAAACGUUGGGUACCUGAUGAAGAUGUUCCAGAGUGUCCUGAUCUGGAAAACCUGUUUGAUGACCCUUGGAAGAGGGGCUGGAAUCAGUUUGAGGUCAAUGAGACAUUGUUUGGAGUGACGAGCACUUUUGACGAGGAACUGUACACCACAAAACUCGAGAGAGGUCCUCGUACGAGGGAGCUAGAAGAGCAGGCCGUGAGGAUUGCUAGAGAGAUCGAGUGUGAAAAUACCCGAGAUCUCCACGUAGCAGAGGAGAGAGGGCUUCAGCUUAGUGGCAAGUUUGAUAUUGACGAGGAAACUAAAUACUCAUCGGUUUGUCCAGUCAAUGAAUUUGAUGAUUCGGGUUAUGAAGAGGAAGAAGAAAUUCUCUUGGAUUGCCGUAAUAAUUUGACUUUUGGUGAUUCAACAACUGCUUCUAAUGGCAUUAAAUCUGCUUCAACUAGCAAAGAUAUUCCUGCUCCAGGCAGCAAUGAGAGCCACCUUGCUGAGCAAGGAAACGGAAAAAGUCUAGAGUCUUCCCAUCAUAAAAAGCCGUCCGAGGAAUCAGUGUCUGGUCUUGAUGAUACUAAUGCAGCCUCUGACCCGGCUUGUGUACAAUGGAGAGCUUCUGAUAAGCAAAGUUCCACUGAUGGAAAACUUGCCGGUCAACUGACUGACAGAGGGAAACCUGAGUGGCCUGGAACCUCCAUUUCUAGAAAUCCACAAAACUCUGCAGCUUCCUCAACAUCAAGUCGUCCAAUACCAUCACCAAGCUCUUCAAUUGGGUCUUAUUCUUCAGAAAAGUCCACACUCAACCCAAAUGCCAAGGAAUUUAAGCUUAACCCCAACGCAAAGAGUUUCAAACCAUCUCCAACAGCUACAAGGCCUCAAUCUCCAGCUCCGGAAGGAUCAUUCUAUUACCCUCCUCCCGUUCCACAGAUGACCGGAAUACACAUUGGAUAUGGAAUGGGAGCAGCAUUCCCUGGACAACAACCAAUGGUGUAUCAUAAUACAAUGCAGCCUGGUCCAAGCCAAACAUUUUAUCCUCCAAAUGGUCCACAGUACCACCCACAACAGAUGAUGGUUGGUCAGCAGAGACCGGUUUUGUUCAUGCCGCCGUCGCCAUACCAACCGGAGAUGCCAUAUAAAGGAAGAGACUCUUAUUAGCGUUUGACCAAACUAUGAAUGGUGGUGGCACAAAUGUUUCGAAUAAUCUUCUGAUGGAAUGGGGUUUCCAGCACCGAAUCUUUAAUUUGUUUUAAUAUGAUACAUGGUUUCAUGGUCCAUGAGAGAGAUAUUGAACACAUGUGAUAUUGAUAUUAGUUUGUGUAGGACUAGAUUUAGAUUUAGAUUUAGAUUUAGAUUUAGAUUUGGAUUCGGUUUUAUCUCGCUUCUUUAUUCACUUGGGUGCUUAAACUAUAAUUUAUAGAUGUAUGACAUUCUAUGCUGGUGUCUUUUUAUAUAUUAAAAAG